UUAGUACUAAUAGGUGUUCGCAACGGUUGCCAUGGUUUGACGAGGCUCCCAACCAGGGGCGGUUGUCCCGACAAUGUAGUGUUCUAACACGAGCUGAUAAGAAUGGUUAUGAAGCAAAGUUUAGAACUUGUGCCUCUCUCUGACAUCUAAUCUGCACAAACAUGGAUAUUCCAUUGGUUUUGUCAGGAUGUUAUUUUUUUCCCAUUGGAAUCUGGUGGCUGUUUCAAGCAACCAAGAAAUUCUUUUACUGUAAACAAAGAAGAAUCGAAUUUGUCAGUGCAAUUUCCUAUCCAUGUUGCCAGUCUUGCCAAAAGUGGCCUGUAGAAGGCAGUUUAAAGUUGAUGAGUUGUCUCAUCAUUAUGGCCUACUGUUUUGCAUCAUCAACUGACUUUGGUAGAGCCGGUAAAAUAACCAGCUACAGUGAUUUGAGUCAUGGAACAGUAUUUGCUUUUUUCGUUAUUUGUAGUGCCAUAGAUCUGACAAAAUCUAUCUGUGGGAAACUAUUUCUGGAAGAUUUAGACUACGCAGCACUGGCCUUGACCUUUGGUGUACAAGGCAUUCUGUACGGAUUCCAUGUUCCAGAUCUUCAUGCUGAGGAAUGGACAGUCAACACACUUAUGAUGAUGUCUGCAUUUGGCUGUUGUAUCACUGUCAUUGUAGAAAUGAGGAUGCGUACACAGAUCUUUUGUCCACUUCUGCGUGGGUUUGGGCUAAUGGUGCUGGGCACAUGGUUCCUGCAUUCCUCUUUAGUGUUGAUGGAUCCUCUCACCAUAAAGGGCAAGGUUGAAACUCACGACAUGGUUAUCUCCCUUUCCAUGUUCUACUCUUGGCAUGUGGCGGUGAAUUUCAUCCUGGUGAUAUGUGGCUGGAUCAUAACAUACAAGCUCAUGACUCUAAAUAAAUGCUGCUGCGUUCCUAUGGGGAUGGAGACAGGGGGAGAUGCUAUAUUCCUGGAGAACCGUAUUCGAUUUGACUACCAUAUGCUCGACCGACUUGAUUCAGAUAUAGAUUAAGGCACCACUGAUGGGCUUUCAUGGAGGUUAUUCCAACAAAAGAUCUAUAUCCUACUUCUGGACUCCAGGUUUUGUACAGGGGUAACACCCACAGAAUUUGAUUGAUUAUUUACAUGUAAAUUAGUGAUAGGGAGAAAUCCAAACCAUGAAUAUAUGUUAUUUACAUUGGAGUCCUGAGUUCAAGUAGAUGUUUUACUGGAAUAAUUAUCAGGUAUUAUUUGAGAAUUCUUGAUACAAUUUUAAAGAGCAUUUAUUAAAUAUUGUUAUCUGAGAGGAAUCGUCUUUUAAAAAAUGUAGGUCAGAUAUGCUAUUUUUACCAAUGAUAGUUUUUUAGAAGAUAGUUUUUUCCUUCUUUCUGAAAUUCAACAGCAACAUAGUAGAAGCAAGUCAACAUGAGUAAUUAUACAGAUAUACAUUAUAAAUGAUAUAUUCCAGCUUACUUAAACAUAUCUAUAAUUAUCACACAUGUCAUUGUAAUCAGGUAUAUGAGGGUGCUUUCCUUUAUUUCUUUCAUCAUUGACAAUAAUUUUCAGCAUGGUAUGAAUUCCCACUUUGUUAGUUAUCCAGUGUUAGGGUUUAACGUUCCUUCACUUCGGAUCACUAAGCAAUAGUACAAAUAAUGUAGGUUAGGUAACAUGAUUACCAUUAAUGAGGUAAAAUGUGUAAAUAUAUGUAAGACCAAAUCCACUGAAAUUUUAAAUUUCAGUAGCGGAAUUGGUCCGAGUUAAGUGACAGAACCCUGUAUUUGUUUCUCGUUCCUCAGUUCUGCAUGUGACCUGUAUUAUCUUUUCCAGUAUUACAAUACACAUGUUACUCUUUGUCUUAGAUUUAAGUGGAAAUUAUCCAAAGAUCCAGUCAUUUCUGGGACACAAAUACUUUCAUGUAGGAUUUAAUCUUAAGUAAUGGGGCUCAUUAAAAUGAUUUCUCAUUGUAUUUUGAAUUCACCUGAAAGAAUCUCCCAAAGAACAAUGACAUCUGAUUAUCAUUUGAAUAUACACAGACUUAUUACCAAAAGGGUAUUUCUGAAAGUGGUGUGAUUACAUUGGUGUUAUGUUGUACUAUCUGUACAUGUGAUAAGGAUGUCUGUGCCAUUGAAUAUCAGUAUUGUGAUAAAAUAGAUGUUUACAUUUUAUUUAUAACUUUGCAAUUGUCAUAUUACAUGAUUUCGCCGAUUCAUAAUACUAGAAAUUAUUUUUGGGAUUGUUCAGUUUAAUGUUAUCAUUCUAAAUUUAGACUUCUGAAUUUUAUUUUGGUUUUUUUAUUUGAUAUACUAUCAAUUUGUACCAUGCAGAUGUUGUCAGUUUUGUAUAUUUUUUUUAUUUUGUACAUAUUUGAUUGUCACAACUUUUAAUGAUUUUGCAUAAUAUUUUGUUGAUGGGUGAUGCUUAUAUACACAUGUCUAUAGGCUCACUUUGUAAAGGGUAAACAUGUUUUGUAUGCAUGCAUUUGUAUGAUUACUUUUUAAAUAUUUUGUGAAUUACGAUAAUUUUGUUAACAUAUACAUGUAUUUUUGUUGUCAUGUUUUUUUUUAAACAUUUGUUGUACUGUCUCGAAGUACAAACCCACCUUUUAUUUUGGGCCUCCUAUUAUACAAUAAGCUUAGACAUGCUUAGUUCAGGAGCCUUUCUGGAUAAGAAAAUUGAUCAUGAAAUCUGCUAUGCUUUCAAGACUUCACUAACAUACUUGAAUGUGAUCAUGUCUAUAACAAAACAGCAGUCCAAAGGAACAUAUAAAUGUCCAGAAAACACCGAGGGUCCGAUUUAUUGAUCCAAUGUUAAUGAGUCCCAUAUUGAUUAUUUGUAAUACAUGUAUAUAUUUUUACAUAUUGCAUGAUUUCUUUUAGGUUUGGAUUGUCAAUUUGUUUGGUUUUUUCUUGCCUUUUGUAAUAACCUUUUAAUUUUUCAUUUUACUGGUGUAUACAAAAAAUAUACACAUUAUCCUCUAUACCCCUAAGUCCUGUUCCACCGCCACUAACAACACAUAUAUGCCAAAAAACAAGUUUUUUUAUCAUGACCAGUACAUAUUUCUACACGUUCUAAUUUAUACUUGUAAUCUCAGUAUAUAAGCAUGGUAAUACCCUGUACAACGACUGACAUUAAUUGAAUCUCAUGUCACAUGUCUAGUCAGCAGUUACUUCCCCUUUGCUUGGUUAUGAAUGAAUUCAAUACUGUAUAAAGAGUACUUGUAACAAGAUCUCAGUGUAAAAUCAUACAUAUUUCCUGAGUUAAGGCUACAUAAUAUCUAUAUCAGCAAUCAGUAACACAGAAAUUAAGAAAUUAUUGUGACAUCACAGUGAAAAAUGUAAAAAAUAAUUUUACCUUCUUAUUUGAGUUACUUCCCUUUCCAUAAAGGGUAUGGAAUAUCCAAUAUUCCACCGUCAUGGUUCUGAGGGUGCCUGCAAAGCCAUGGGUAUAUUACAGGUUUAUUUCUAUGGUUGACAAUAGUCCUGUACAAUAUAAACAUAAAAUGUGAAAUUUAAGACAAAUUGCAAGUGAAUGGUGUUGGUAAAUGUUUAUUUAUUUUCUAUCUAUUUGAUGUUGGAUGGUUUCUAAACAUAUCAGCCUCACUUGUUUUAGAACAUUUGAUGUGUGUGGACUGGGCCACAUGGAAUAUAAAACAGUUUAUCACAGAUUCUUGUAAAAAAAUUUGUGGAAACACUUGUUCAUUGGAUUUUCCAUUUACAAAUAAAUUGUGAGGUCAUGAUAUGGACAAUUACAUUGCGUCAUGAAUUGACAACAGCACAACAAAAUGGCUGCCUCUGUUUGAUUCUAUCCCCAACAAAAAAUUGAACUUUUCUGAAAUAUGGGAUAAAAGUAUGUUAACAAUUCGUUGUCAUUUCGUGAGUUUUUAUGAAACUUGUCAUCAAGGCUAGCUAAAAUAAAAACCUCUAUGAUUUGUUUGAUAAAAUCUCAUAAGAAAUUAAACCUCAAUUAAGACCCUAUGUUAAGAUCUUGGUUUGCAGUGGCUUGAUCCUUUGCACAUCUAUAAAUCAUGUAAUCUGUGCCCUGGUGGCAGCUUGCAGGCUAAUGAGCCGACCAGCUAUGAUUUAAGAAUAUACUGCUGGGAAGUCUGGCUUCAGGAAUAGUUACUUUUCCUUUUAUUUAUUGAGAUUAAGAAGGUAGUAUACAGUACUAAAAAUUCUCCUGAAAAUUAGCAAAUAAACUACAACAUACUUGUACAUACAUAUAUGCAAGUGAAUCUUGGAAAUGUUCUCCCACAACAUCGAUAUAUAUGUAAUGGAUUACAUUAUAUGAUAGAUUUUUCUGGUUCUAGUCCCCAUAUCAAAAUGCUUUUGAUAUGUUAUUUGAUAAGGUUGUGAAGUUGUAGGUCUGUUGUCAUAUUAAUCCCAUAAUUCAUGUUAAAUGUAUUUACAUAGAACUUUUUUUUCUCUGGAUAUAAUCUGAUACCAAAGGGAGAUAAUCUGAUACCAAAGGGAUAUAAUCUGAAACCAAAAAAUAUUUUUUCAGGUAGGUCAUUGAAAGUGCUCAUCUUGCCAUAGAUAUUCCUACAUAUUUAGUAAAUAAAACAUCUCUGUAUACAAUCACUGUUAUUGAAAUCCACUGUUAGAUUUUAAAGUCAUAACUUGCCUGAACAUCUGUGCAUAUGUAGUUGCCUUGAAUUGGCUAUCAUUAUUUUUAGAUGAAGAAAUCCAUGUAUUGUUCAUGUUAGUGCUAAUGUUUUUUUCUGAACAAGACCGACAUGUUUUUGAUGUAGGCAUGUCAUUGGAGAAUGUUGAUUUGUGAAGGUGAAUGUUUCGUAUUCAGUUUAAUUGAACUGUAGUACAAUUUUGUAGUUGUAUUCUUAAUAUUUUUUCAGUAAAAAAGGAAUUUUUCAAUGUUUUGUGAAGAUGAGAAUAUAAAAAGAAAUCAAAUAUCAAUAUACAGCAUUGCAGCAUUGUUUGAAAAUGCAAAAAAAUUUGGUUCCAGUAUUUUUAAAUUGAAAGACACAGUGAUCCUUGUUAGGGAAUAUUUAGAUAUUUUACAUGUACAUAUGUUGUAUUGAAAUAUAUUUAGACAAGAGAGAAAUUAUUUACUAAGAAAUUCAGCAUUAAUAUAAGUUUUAACAGUGGGUAAAUGUUUCCAACAUUAAGUUAUCAACACAGGUCUUAUUUUGCUUUACAUGAUGUACAAUGUAUGUUAUAAAUAUAUAUAUAUAUUUCAGCUCCAAAUAAAUUGUUGAGAUUUC